AUGAAAGGGUGCCAGUGCCGCGAGAACCGGCUGGUGGAGGACAGGGAGUCCCGGCAGGUGACCUUCUCCAAGCGCAAGUCGGGGAUAUGGAAGAAGGCCUCCGAGCUCGCCCUGCCCUGUCGCGCCAGUCUCACCGUCGUUGUCUUUUCCGAGGCCGGCAAAGGCUUCGCGUUUGGCAGCCCCUCCACCGACGCCGUCCUGGCCUACACCGGCUACGGCGACACCAAUGCUCAUCCUGCUGCCACUGAUGACGUGGAGUGGGAGGCCCUGGAGGCGCUAUGCCGGGAGACGGAGAAGAAAGGCGUGGAGGUGGUCGUGGAGGCCGCGCGGAUGAGCGUCGUUGGGAAGAAGGUGGUGGACGUGCAGACGCAGGUGGGGAGGUGGUUCUGGUGGGAGGCGGACGUGGAGGCGCUCGGUGAGGCCGAGCUGCCCGAGUUCGCAAGGGCGCUCCAGCAUCUCAGGGACAACGUGCGCCGCCGUGCCGACAACCUGGUGUCUGCUCUACCGCCGCAGUAG